AAACAGUCUAGGCUAUCUCAAGUGACCUCUUUUCCAGACAAAGAGGGGAUGAUUUUAAAACAAAAUUUACUGUGAUAUUUUAAAUCCCGGCUGAAUUCUUAUGCCAGUUCAACCUAUUUUAGUAUUUAAAUCACCUUGAAAUACAAUUCUGUUGUGAAACAAGAUGGGCGUGACUUUGGAACGUGUGCAGAACAAGUUUGCCUGCAUUAUCGGGGAACUCUGCAGUGAGCCUGUCAUCUUAUCACAGUUUGCAAUAUGGUUAGAUUUGAGGCUGGCAGAGUACAAGGCCAAGGGAGCCAUUUCAUUGGAUUGCUCAGGUGACAAUCCUGAUCCAGUGUGGCUGAAUGGACACCGGCUUCCACCUGCCAAAACUCACCCCAGGGACCGGCACUCGGGCAGAUUUGGAGCACUGAGCUCCGCUAAACCCAUGUCCCAGCACAGAGACAUUAGCUGGUCACGUUUGUCGGCAGAGAGAGGGAGCAGUGAGGGGGGGUCAGGCUACGACCCCCAGGCUCAGCCGGUAGAGAACCUGCCUAGUGUAGAGGAGAGGCUGUCGCCCCAGGGGGUCAUGGUGAAGGAAGAACCCUCCGACACAGAUCGCGUGUUUCCUAUUAGUCUACACCGGCACGAGGUCAGCGAGCCAAGAAUGCAAAUGCAAAACAGAAAACGCACUGCUGCAGAGACAAUAGCGAGUUCACACGAAAUGCUAUCAUCAGAUUCCCAUUCACCCAUAUCAUCCUCCACGCCAAAGAUCCGAAGAGUUUCCUCUCCUGGGGAUGCUGACAUCAACCCACCGAACAGUGACCCUGCUGCAAACCAAAGCCUCAUGUCCAUUAUCAGCGGGGAGAUGCCUGAGCAUCCCACGGAAACUGUAGACUUGACAGAGACAGACAUAAACAUUAUAAUGGACUAUGAAAAUAAAGAAGAUUUAUCGCAAAGCAGGGAGAACUCUAGACCCCCCUUUACGUCCCACUCCUCGGCAGCCUCGGGUAGUGAGUUUCCGGCAAGAUCUGAAGACAGCAUUAAUACAGACCAUGUGCGAGGUCCAGGAUUCAAGAUGUUUCCACCCGAAGGCGUGGGGCCCCAGUUUCCUGUUGGCCAGUCGUUACCAGGACAAGUUUUACCGGAACGCUUCAACAACCGUAGCAUCCGUGCUCGGAUUGUGAACGUCUCUCAGAAGCCAGAUCAAACCAUCGGGAACCUUGUCAGCGCCGUGGGAACCCUGGAACGCUGGAUGUGGAAGAAGCACGGAGAGGAGCGUCUCAUUGAGGACAUGCCCGUGGAAGUCUUGGAUAGUUACCUUGUGGGCUUCUUCACUCACAUCAAGAAGCCGGACGGGCGAGACUACAGUUCGGAGUCCUUGCUGAACCUUCGAGGCUUCCUGGAAAGAUUUCUCAGGGAGAAAGGUUACCCUUCGUCCAUAUCCAAAUCAGCAGUUUUCUCCAGGAGCCAGACGGCAUUUAAACAGCGCAGGCGCAAACUGUCACCGGUUCCCAGGCCAGAGAAUCGGCUUGUGUUUCCGCAUUCUAUCCCUGACGCCAGUUGGAGACAGUUUAGCUCGGUGACCGCUUCCCUUCGUUCUGUUACAUGUACCAAUGCAGAUGACGUGAAGAAAACAUCAACGCAAGCAAACGAAAAGACGUUGAACUCAGACACUCAUUGA